GCCCAUUCCUCUGCAGUUGGGCGUUGUAUAUUGCAUCUUAUUAGCAACAAGGGAUAUCUUUUUAUUUAGGCUCUAUCUGUAGCGACACAGACACAAAUCAGUUUUUUUUAGCGUAUACCUGUUUUCUUCACUGAGAUUGUACUUCGAUUGCUUCCUACAUUUUUUGGUACUUAUUGGCCAGGACGUGUUUUAUGAUUCGAGGCUUGUUAGUCUUUGUUCUGUAUUAGGAUCUGUUGAGUUCUUUGUUGGAGUGAAAGCAUGGGAGCGCAAACCUCGAAGACAGCUGGAAAAGGAGAGACCGUGGCAGAGAAACCAGAAGAGGCUGCGGCUUCACCAUCUAAAACUAACGGACAGGAAAAUGGUCAUGUGAAGGUGAAUGGAGACCCAACUUCUCCGGCUGCUGAGGGCGAGGAGGAGUGCCAAGCUAAUGGCAGUGCAGCAGUUGAAGAAGCACCAAAAGAGAAGGCUGAGGAAUCUGCUGUUGAAAAAGAAGCAGAGGGGGAGAAGGUGAACACAGAACCAGUUACUGAAGGGGAGGCUGCCAAAGCUGAGGAUGGUGCCACUCCCUCCACAAGCACUGAUACACCCAAGAAAAAGAAGCGCUUCUCCUUUAAGAAAUCCUUCAAGUUAAGCGGCUUUUCUUUCAAAAAAGGCAAAAAGGAGACUGGAGAAAAAGAGGGUGUUGAGGAGGCGGCGACAGCCUGUGAGGAGGCAAAUAAUGAGGCACCUGAAGCUCAUGAGGCACCAGAAAAGGCUGAACCUGCCAGUGCAAAUGACAGUGAUGCCAAACCUGAGACGCCAGUGGAGAAACCAGUAGAGGAGCCCAAAGAGGCCAGUGCUGAUGCAGAGGAGCCCAAAGAGGAAACAAAGCCCUCGGAGCCCGAGUGCAGUCUUUCUCAUAAUGAAACGCCUGCAACAGAGGAAGCUGUUCCCGCUGUACAGGAAGUGGAAUCCACUGCUGAGUAACAAGCACAACGUACACCAGCAGAAAAUGAGCAAUUUUUUUAAAGAUAAAAAACAAUGUUGCCCAGUGGGAGUGGUACAUGGCUGUGAGACUUUGGAGAACCUUGUUUGCAACUAGGGAUAUAUUUUACAUUUUUAUUUUUCAUAUUUGUUUGUUUGUUGUAUUCCCUUUCUCCAUCUACCUCUACCCCUUUCUUAAGUAAUUUUUUAAGCUGUGAGGUGGGUUGCUAAAUUGAACAAUACCUGAAAAUGUCAUCUGUUGCUGUAGAUUUUUGGAAUCAGUAUUAAGUGUGUUUAUUUUUGCAUUUUUAUACAAAAAAAUCUUCAAAUAAAUUGGACAUGCCUAUGAAAAAAGGGCAGUCAGGUUAUGGGUCAAAUAAGGGACAGGGCUUGGGAAUGGGAGUUUUAAGGGUUUGCGCCUUGGUGCCUGAGAAUUAUACAACAGACAACACAAAGAGAGUAGACUACAAAACAAACAAACCAACAAUUUAUAAAGCACACUAAAACUUCACUCUGUAACAUGCCAAUAUGAUUCCCUUUGGUAGGUUUUGAAGAUCCUAUGAGCAUUUAAUCUUUUUUUUUUAGUGGUAACAGUCAGUGAUUUCAAUAGGAAAAUAAUUUGUAUAGGUUUUAUGGAUUAUUGUCAAUUCUAUGAUCUUAUAAAAAUGUAAGUAUGUACAGGAGAGGUGUUUUUUUUCCUUUGAUUAAUGUACAAAUUAAGUCUUGAGCAGCUCUUCUACCAGCAAGCUUGUUUUUUAAGUCAUCCUGAGAGACUUCUUGAAGCGUUUUUUUGAACACAAACCAAGCUGUGAUAUAUGACCUGGUUCCUGUUUUUAUACUGUGGUUUUGAUUACAACCGAUGGUGCUUUUUUAGUGGUCUUUGACCAUAUUAAAGUCUUUUGUGAAUGCGGGAGACCAGCUUUGACCUGGUUGAUUUAGAGAAGGACUGUAACUUUGCUUACAAAAUUGCUUUUAAAGUUUUCUGCCUAUCGUGUUCUAAUUUUCUGUGAGCACACUAAAAGCAAAAUAAAUGUGAAUGAAAUUUGAAAA